AUGAUACUGGGAGAUUUUAAUGGAAGGAUUGGUAACGAGGUUAUUAGUGGAAUUAAGAAUCGGUUUAACGAAGAAACACUCAACAGCAAUGGAGAACAACUCAUACAAUUCUGUGCACAUAAUGAACUACGCAUUAACAACACGUUUUAUCCCCAUAAACAACAGCACAAGUAUACGUUCGAGAACACAAGAGGACAUAAAUCGAUUAUAGACUACAUUAUUACAAACAGAAAUAUUCAUCCCUCAAAAAUAUUAGAUGUCAGAACAUUAACCUCAGUAAACACAGGGACUAACCACCAUAUAGUGCUAGCCCUAAUGCGGAACUCCUUACAAAGGAAAAUCCAGAACAAACCGAAAGUGACAGAAAAGCUGAACAUAGAAAGCCUUAGCGAUGAUACCACAAAAUACCUCUACCAGCAAAGACUAAGGAAGGCAAUAAAUGAAAACAAGAUCUUGAAAGAUGAUACCGUAGAACUAGCAUGGAAAAGAUUAAGUACUAAUAUAAGGACAGCUGCAGAAGAGGCAUUAGGCAAACGAAAGGUGAACCUAAACGGAAAGCCCAACACGAAACCAUGGUUCACACACGAAAUCAAAUCACUUGCGAAAGAAAAAAGGAAAGCAUAUCUUCUAUAUAGAAUUCAAACAAUUACAUAUGCUGAUUACAAAGUCGUGAGGAAUAGGACAAAUAUGGAAAUACAAACGAUUAAGAGACAAUUCUGGGAGAAAUACUCAUCAGACAUGGAAAACGACUUAUAUGGGGGACAAAAAAAGAUCUGGAAUAUGAUAAGGAACAUCAAAAGACCAAUCAAUGAAUACAUCCACACGAAAACAAUAACGUAA